AAAAAGAAAAUAGAUCAAGAAAGGUCUUCUAGUUUCGGAGUCGGAGGCAAUGCCAAAACGCGCGGGAUGCAGAAAAAUGAAAAAAUUUAAAUUCAUCCCACACCAGGUCUCCUCUCCAUCGAUCCACCGACCAACUUUCCGGCACCGCCCUUCGACGGGAUACCAAACCACACCGCACCAAACUAAACCGAACCAAACCAGUAAGCAUGGCUUCCAUUCUUUGAACGAAACCCUAGCUAGAUCCCUCAACGUCGAAGCUCUCACAGACUCACUCCUCCGAUCAACAUUCAUGGCAUUCGCACCCCGCCCGCCAACACCAAUCGUCUGAUCUCUCGUGCGCCGAUAGAAGGGCAAGAUUGUUUUACAAAUAUAUGUUUACAUUUUCGAACUGAUAUUUUCGAUCUGAACUGAAAUCACAGUAGAAGUCAAGCGAUGGGCGCUGAAGCUCGAGAAUCGAAAAAUGUGAAGCAGGCACGACGCGAAGGAAAGGAAGGAAAGGCGGUGAAGAGGCAACAGUCGUCAGAAGACUCGGAGAUCGGAAAACCCAUUAUCGGCAAGGGUAAACACGAGAACCAACAAAAAUUACGUGAAGUGACUGAAGGGAAAGAAGGAGAAGAAGAAAAGAUUAAGAAGAGAAAAUGGUCGUUGGCAGACUUCGAGGUUGGAAGACCGCUCGGCCAGGGAAAAUUCGGCAGAGUCUAUGUUGCCAGAGAAGUCCAGACCAAAUACAUAGUGGCAUUGAAGGUGCUAUUCAAAGUAAAGAUAGAUAAGUAUAGACUUCGGCAUCAGCUGCGAAGAGAGAUGCAGAUACAGAGCAGUCUUUGCCACCCUAACAUCCUCCGUCUCUUUGGAUGGUUUGAUGAUGAUGAGCGGAUUUACUUGAUACUUGAGUAUGCUCAUGGAGGAGAACUCUAUAAAAAGCUCAGAAAAUCUGGCCGUCUCACUGAAGGCCAAGCAGCCACGUACAUUGCAAGCCUUACGCAAGCAUUGGCAUAUUGCCAUGAAAAGCAUGUGAUUCAUAGGGACAUCAAGCCGGAGAACCUGUUGCUUGAUCAUGAGGGUCGAUUAAAAAUUGCAGACUUUGGGUGGUCAGUGCAAUCAAGUGAUAAAAGACGCACAAUGUGUGGUACUCUGGAUUAUCUAGCUCCAGAACUAGUGGAGAAUAGAGCUUAUGAUCAUGCAGUUGAUAACUGGACGUUGGGUAUCCUCUUGUAUGAGUUUCUUCAUGGUGUCCCUCCUUUUGAGGCUGAAAGCCAAACUGAUACGUUCAGAAGGAUCAUGAAGAUUGACUUGAGUUUCCCUUCCACCCAUGUUUCUGCAGAAGCUAAAAAUCUUAUUAGCCGCCUUCUGGUGAAGGAUUCGUCAAAAAGGCUCUCUCUACAGAAGAUACUGGAGCACCCCUGGAUAAUCAAGAAUGCAAACCCAGCGGGUACCUGCAAUAAAUAGCUUUCUAAACUUCUGAAACCUGAAUGCUGUCAUUAGCUUCAUGUUGCUGAAUCUCUGUAUCUUAUGGUUGUAAUUUUUUUUUUGAACUGGUAGAUGAUGAACGUUGAACUUCCUAUGUCACAUAUGUUAAUUAAUCUGAUUGUUCCAAAUGCU